UCGUAUUCAUCCGCAGCGGACUGAACUCGACACUCCCACAUUUAUUGACGCGUCUCACCAUUACAGCCUUUAAAUAUUAAUACAGAUCAACCAGCACGAGCUGAAAGUUAGUUUCUCGGCGGCGGAACCCGGAGCUGGAGUUCGGGAAUAUCACAUUUCAGCUCGAGAGAAAUAUUCGGGCUGGAACUGAUGCGGGAGAUUUUUGACUCUUACUGUAACUAAAGACGCUUCAUACACGCCACAGAUCCGACAGAAAGGCAGCGAAAUGGGGUGAUCAUCAACAGCACAAUCACCCCCAAUAUGAACUUCACUAAAACAUCGCAGAAGUUUGGCCAGUGGGCCGACAGUCGUGCAAACACAGUGUUUGGACUCGGCUUCGCCUCUGAACAACAGCUGGCCAAGUUCGCUGAGAAGUUCCAGGAGGUCAAAGAAGCUGCGAAACUGGCCAGAGAAAAAUCUCAGGAGAAGAUGGAGACGUCCAGCGAUCAGUCGCAGGAAUCUGGCCGUGAAACUCCAACAGGCAAUCAAGCGUCCAGCAUCAACGGAACGGAUGAUGAGAAGAUCUCACACGUGCCGGAGAACACAGUGCUGAUGAGUGAGAACGACCGGCUGAAGUCUGUAGCGGAGCAGAGUAAGAAGCUGGAGACGGAGCUGCAGGCACUGAAGGACAGUAAUGCUCGGCUGACGGACACGCUGCAGGAGGCCAACAGUAACGCCGAGAGCUGGAAGAGUAAAGUGACGCAGAGCCAGGACGAGAACAACCAGUUGAGGAAGAAGAUCUCAGAGCUGGAGGAUCAGUGUAAGGAGGUGAAUCUGGAGAGAGAGAGAAACGCUCAGCUGAUGCUCAGAAUUCAAGAGCUGGAAGCAGAUCUGCAGGAAAAAGAACAGGAGCUCGAGGACCUGCGCAAACAGGCUGAAACCAUCCCGCAGCUCAUGACGAAAUGUGAAAGCAUCACGGCCAAACUACAGGCUGCAGAAACGGCCAACAGAGACCUGAGCGAGAAGAUGACGCUCCUGCAGAGCGAGAUCGACGACAGUCAGCAGAAACAGAAGAACAUCAAGAGCGAUCUCAAGAAGUUCAUGGACGUUCUGGACGGGAAGAUUGAUGAGCUCCAUGAAGUUCGUCAGGGCAUUUCUAAACUGGGCGUCGAUAACUGAACACACACACACACACACACACUCUCUCUCUCACACACGCACACACACGUGCGGACUGAAGGCUGAAUUUAACUGCUGCAGAUCUCAGGGCCCUUUGGAAUCGCUGAUAUGCACAAACACAGGUGAACUGCAGAAUCACUAAGUGCCUGAAGGUGGCGCUCUCUCUCUCCGCCUGCCCUCAUAAACUCUUCUGACAAUCGUCCUGUUUAACGCGAGGCGUCGAGAGGCUCCUCAUGCAAUACUCGCCUCAGGCAGCAGGACGCACUUCUCUUCUGCUUCUGUUGGUUUGUUUGUGUUUUUGAGAUGGAGACGCUUUCAGAUUAUUCUUAUUCUGAUCGAUGAAAAUAUGAGCCAAAUAUCUGCUGUGAUGAAGGCAGUGUGCUUGUUCUGUGCAGAUGUGUGUGUCGUGCUCAGCAGUGUUUGUGACGUGCUCCUCCGCUCUGUGUGUGUGUGUGUGACACUCGGGUGAUGGGAUAAUUUACACUUGCUUUUUUUAGAAUAAUCUCUGCCUUUCCUGAGUCUGUGAUCGGAGCGCUUGAGCUUCCAAACUCUCCUCAGUUCCUUUCAGUUGUUGUUGUUUUUCUCUUGAUGCUGUUUGAAUGUCGUGGCUGGUGUAUUAUAGAGUGUUUAAUGUGGGCGAGUGUCUUUAACACCCUCUAAAACACACACACACACACCUUACUGGAAACUUGAGCCUUUUUCCCUCUUUCUGGAAAAAAAAAACACUUUUGUUGAUCAAAAUUGUAAAAUAAAUAAUUGUGGAAAUCUA